GCGCUGGUUCUCCAUCCAGAACAGCCAGCUGGUCUAUCAGAAGAAGGCCAAGGACCUGCUGACGGUGGUCGUGGAGGACCUUCGCCUCUGCACGGUCAAGCCGUGUCCGGACCACGAGCGCCGCUUCUGUUUCGAGGUGGUCUCCCCCUCCAAGUCCUGCCUCCUCCAGGCCGACUCAGAGCGCCACCUGCAGGCCUGGAUGUGCGCCGUCCAGAGCAGCAUAGCCUCGGCUUACAACGAGGAUUACCCAGAAUCCCCCGGGAGUCUGGGGGUGCAUUUCUCCAAGGUGAGGUCCCUGACGCUGGAUGCCUGGGAGCCGGAGCUGGUGAAGCUGAUGUCCGUGCUGGGAAACCGAGUCAUCAACCAGAUCUACGAGGCCCGGGUGGAGGAAAUGAACAUGAAGCGCCCCCAGCCAGGAAGUUCCAGAUCCGAAAAGGAGGCCUGGAUCCGGGCCAAAUACGUGGAGAGGAAGUUUAUCACCAAGUUCCCCAACACCGGGAGGGCCCUGAGUCGCAGCAGAGAGCCCCCCAGGGGGCCGGAGAGAUCCCCAAGGCCGUUUCCCAAGCCUAAGCCGCCGGGCCACAUCCGAGCCCGCGAGGGAAUCUCCCCGAGUCGGGCUGCCCCAGCGUCGGAGGACCUGCACAAUUUGCACCCGGGCGCCUUGCUCUACCGCGCGGCCGCCGCGCCCCCCAGUUUGCCCACCAUGACGGACGCUCUGGCUCACGGGGCGGACGUAAACUGGGUGAACACGGCCCAGGAAAGCCGGACCCCGUUGCUCCAGGCUGUCGCUGCUAAUUCAUUGCUGGCGUGUGAAUUUUUGCUUCAAAACGGAGCCAACGUCAACCAGGCGGACUCUAAAGGGCGAGGACCGCUGCACCACGCCACCAUCUUAGGCCACACCGGGCUGGCCUGCCUGUUUCUCAAACGCGGUGCCAACAUGAACGCCGUGGACGGGGAGGGCAAGGACCCGCUGGGCAUUGCCAUCGAUUCGACCAACGCGGAUAUCGUGACCUUGCUGCGACUGGCCAAGAUGCGGGAAGCUGAACUGGCCUUAGGCCAGUCAGGGGAUGAAACUUACCUGGACAUUUUCCAAGAUUUCUCCUUCAUGGCGUCCAACGAUCCUGAGAAAUUGGCCAGGAGAGCCUACGACCUGAGACUCACCACGUUGUGAAG